AUGACCCCUCAGGAUUUCUUGGAGUCGGUGGUCGAGCAGGAACCUCGCCCUCGCCUAAAACGACGCGUGCUCAGCGCUAAAGAGAUUGAACAGCUGCGCGACUCAACACCGCAACUGAAACGUGGCUCUUCACAAAUGUUUCGCAAUAUGAGAGAUAAAGGAAUAAUUUCGUACACGGAAUACCUGUUUCUACUCUCGAUUUUGACAAAGCCAGCAUCGGGUUUCCAGAUCGCCUUUAAUAUGUUCGAUACUGAUGGUAACCAAAGGGUGGAUAAGAAUGAGUUUCUAGUCAUUCAACGGCUGCUCGGUGGUUCAGUGAAGGAGAGAAAAGAUUUGGACAUGUACACUCAACGGGCACUGCUUUCUCUAGUUUCUGCGAACUCGCUCAAGAAUAGAGAAGAGACGAAACCGGCCAAGCCUUCGAUCAUGGAAAAGAUAUUUAGUUUCGCCUGGCGAGACAAACGCGGGAUUAACGAGGAGGACAAAGUGGAGAAGAACGGAGUAGAGAAGGGGAAAGUGGGCAAGGAGCCCCAAGACAAUUACAUCAAUGACGAUCAGGGACUUCAGAGGAGACACAAUGUGGACACGAUGCUUCAGGUGCAUUUCUUCGGUAAGAAAGGCAACAACGAUCUGAAGUUUGAAGGUUUCCGCCAGUUUAUGGAGAAUUUGCAGACGGAAGUGCUAGAACUUGAAUUCCACGAGUUCGCUAAAGGCCACGAAACAAUAUCAGAAGUGGAUUUUGCGAAAAUCCUCCUCCGUUACACGUAUUUAGAUACAGAUGAAUACGACAUGUAUCUCGAUCGAUUAUUGGACCGAGUGAAGUACGGGCAAGGGAUCACCUUUCACGAGUUCAAAACGUUUUGUCAGUUUCUGAAUAAUUUGGAAGAUUUCACCAUUGCCAUGAGGAUGUAUACGCUGGCUGAUCAUCCGAUAUCUAAAGAUGAAUUUCACCGAGCCGUAAAAAUAUGUACUGGAAUCGCUCAAUCGGAACACUUAGUGAGUACAGUGUUCGCGAUUUUCGAUGCGGACGGAGACGGGUUAUUGAGCUAUAAGGAGUUCAUCGCUAUCAUGAAGGAUAGACUUCAUCGGGGAUUUAAGUCUUCAGCGAAAAAUGAAGGUUGGGAGGCCUUCAAGUCGUGCGUCAAACAGGAAAUGAAAAGCGCAGUUUAA